UCAAGUUAUUAAAGGGUCUUACAUCUGAUGAAACUGAAACUUCAGAAGGAUUGGUAAUUUCUUAUUUUGGAAAAUGAUGACGUCACAUGAAAGGCGGCAAUUCAAACUCUUCCUCUAACAGUUCCAGUACUCUCAGACAACGCGGUCGCUCCUAGGCGAGGAACACUGGUCACUAGGUGAAAGUUGUUGGUCGAAGGGAAGGCGGCGAAAACAAAUCGGCGCGUGAAUAGAGGCCGAUUGAAAUCCGAAAAGUACAUGGUAAUCGACAAUGCUUGUCAAUUCUGUGAUUGAAAAGAUAAAUAUGUUGCCACGAUGAUCACUUGUGUCAAAGUCGAGAAGUUUGAGCCAUUUGGCAAAGCCUUCUGUUCGCAGCAUCCAUUCGCGAACGCUCAAAGCCAGCCUGAUUCGCCUUCGAACCAGGAGGACAAGAACGAAUCGACUUACAAGUGGAAGUUACGGUCACAAGGGGAAAACCCAGACUGCCAUGAAGAGCUAUUCAUACAAAACAAUACCGUUGUUUGGAGUGUUGGAAAGUCACAGAAGGUCAGAACAGUGAAGAAAUGUUACACAGCCAAGUUGUCAGUGUUGGAUUGUUUGUGGUGUACAUUUCAUUAUCCCUCUGGGAAUUCUAGUGGAGAUCAGGACACAAUGAUUACUGGUGAACCAUUGCAUAGCCUUUGUAUAGUUCAGAAUGACUGCAUUGAUGUACUGACUAAAGAUGGAGCCCUGUUUACCAUAACUCUCCCAUUUCCAGUUAGUAUCAAAAACUUUUCUUUCCAUUCUAGGGAUGUCCCCACAAUUUUUAGUGUUCUGCAUCCUUUAGAUGAACCAAGGCCAGUCAUAUCAAAAGUUCAAGGAAAAAUAACCAAAAUCUGUGAUCCAACAGUUAGUGUGGUGUUUUCAUGUAGCAAUCCUCCACUGGUCAUGACAUAUGACUUUGUCAUUGGAUUACAUUCGGUAUGGCAUGUAACCAAAGCAAGGGCUGAGGAUUGUCCAGAGUCUCCAACACAUGUAGACCACCCUGCUGAGUUGCACUUCAGUAACAUUCUUCAUCAUCCUACUCCAGUGCUGACUGCUGGUGCACAUUCUCGACUGUCUGUGGCCACUCCAACACCCUUCUCUCCCUUUCGAUCCUUUACGCCCACAUCAGCCAUCAAGGCUCAUGUGCAGUCCCCUGCUCCAAUUCGUUUAUUAUCACCAGCACUGAAUCAGAUCUCUUUGAACAGGACAAUGUCGCCUGCAACUGAUUCUCCCUUAGGGAUAGGAUUGCGAUCUCCUCUUGCUUUCUGCUCUCCAUCUACAUCCUGCUGUUCAAGCAAAGAGGAGUCAUCCUGGGAUAGCUUUCAGCCACUGUUGCCAGAAGUUUGUCUCACUCAGGUUUGGCAAGAAACUCAAAUUGCUGUCAGGUAUGGUACCAAAGGAAAAGCUUCAAAAGCAUUCCUUACACAAGACAAGUUUGGUGCUACCUUUCUGUGCUAUCUUUUGGGACAAUUGGAUAAAUUAAGAGGAGUGCAAUUUACUCAAGAAGGUGAAUGUCUAGAAUUUACGAAUGCAUUUGAAAUACCCGCUAGAGAUGCUGUCCCAAUGGAGAAAUUAAACAUGAUGCUUGUUCUGGAGCCAAACUGUACACUGGUUAUUUAUAGUGGAAUGGUGAAGGGUUGUCAAGUACAUUUACCAAUGUUUCCUAUUAUCAAAGUGGAUGAAUCCUCACAAUUCAAUGCCCCUGACAAGCUUUUAUCAUUCACAUCCAUUCAACUGGACAAGAGUGAUGUGGACAUGGAAGAUUUGGAAGCUGUAAAAUCCAAGACAAAGCCGUUGCAAGAGAUGAAAGUUACAUCUCUCAGAGAUGCAGUAUCUACCACCUGUAACCUUGUAUUGACUGAUGGGUCAAUCUGUAGAAUUACUCUGCCCAUGUUAUCCCAAAAUUUGACCGCUGAUGUAACCUCUGAUUGGAAACUCUCUUGUUCCUCUCAGUUUGCUGAAGUGGUUUGGUUUUUCUUGUUUCAACAGAUUGACAGUACCUGGAUAGUUUACAACAAACCCAAGAAUAACCAGCUAACAGAGGAACAUGCUGGGUUCCUCAUGGCUCUAGGCCUUAACGGCCAUCUUAAAAACUUGUCCUACAUGAAUCUACACGACUACCUGUGUAAGGGUCAUGAACUUACUACUGUAGGGCUUCUCCUCGGCACAGCUGCUGCGAAGCGUGGCACGAUGGAUGUGACGACCACUAAAAUGCUGAGUAUUCAUAUUGACGCUCUUCUGCCGCCAACUUCAGCCGAGCUUGAUCUGCCUCACUCUGCUCAGGUGGCCGCCAUAUUAGGAGUGGGGCUGGUGUACCAAGGAACUGCACAGCGGAGAAUGGCGGAAGUACUUCUUUCAGAGAUAGGAAGACCACCUGGUCCCGAAAUGGAGAACGCUGUUAACAGAGAGUCUUACUCGUUAGCCGCCGGCCUAGCCCUAGGACUUGUCAUGUUAGAGCAUGGCAGCGAGGCAGCCAGUGUAGCGGACUUGAAGAUCGCAGAUCAGUUGUAUCACUACAUGGUCGGUGGACAAACCAAACCUCAGACUGGGACUCAAAAAGAGAAGUUCAAAUCUCCAAGUUAUCAAAUUAAGGAAGGUGACAGUGUCAACAUCAACGUGACUGGACCAGGUGCUACUCUAGCCCUUGGAUUGAUGUUCUUGAAGACCAAUAACAGAUCUGUCGCAGCUUGGUUUGAUGCUCCCGACACUCAGUUCUUGUUGGACUUUAUUCGUCCCGACUUUCUCCUGCUCCGGCUUCUGAGCCGAGGUCUGAUCAUGUGGGACAGCAUAUAUCCCUCCACAGAGUGGGUAGAGAGUCAUAUCCCAGCGAUUAUUCGUCAGUGUGAUUCCAGUGCCACAGGGAUCGAGGAAGUGAAUGCAGACAUGGACUUGGAAAGUCUCAGUCAAGCAAAUGUCAACAUUAUCGCCGGCUGUUGCAUGGCCAUGGGCUUGAGAUUUGCAGGCUCUGCCAAUCAAGAAGCUUUCAACUGCUUGGUAUGUUAUCUGUUCUGCCAUCACAAUAAUCUGCUUGGCGUCGUAAAAGUCGUUUUCUAUCUCUUAUCAAGUAAUGUAAUAACCGUAAAACAAAACAAAAAACAGUUGGUUCGCUGGUUUUUGGAAGCCCUNGCUUUCAUUGCCAGCAUUAAUUUUUUUUGUAACCGCUUAAUAAAGGUUUCACUGUAUAUUCUUUGCGUCCAAAAACAUCAUAGAAAAUAUGCCGUAAUUUGUCACUGUCUGGGAUUUCAAUGUUGGCAGGUCAUGGCGGGAACUGGUAACCUUGAUGUACUGCGGAUUGCUCGUCAGCUGCGCAAGAGACAUUCCCCGGAUGUACCGUAUGGAAGUCACAUGGCUGUUCACAUGGCAAUUGGUCUUCUGUUCAUUGGAGGGGGAAGGUUCACCCUGAGCACAAGUGGUCCAUCAAUUGCAGCGUUAAUAUGCGCUUUUUAUCCGAGAUUUCCGAUCUCUAGCACUGAUAACAGGUACCAUCUGCAGGCGUUCCGACAUUUGUACGUCUUGGCGACUGAGCCUCGAGUCCUUGUUCCUCGUGAGGUGGACACUAACAAGGCUUGUCAUGUUCCGCUUGAAGUUACACUUAAGGUUUAUACUCUUAAUGGAAAAUUAUUUUUUUGUGUGAUGUGUGCUCUCCGUACACUCGUGAAACGGUACCCAGAAACAGACAUAAGUGGACAUCGUAACAUCCUUGCCAAGACCUUUGCUGCGCAAACGGAUCAGACAGAGGUGGUGCGGAGCUUUUCAUCAGAUCCGAACCUCAUAGCGCUGGCAGAGUUGUUCGGUGACAAAGAUAAUUCAAACGACAGGGAGAGAAAGUUGAGCUCGUUCAUUGCGUCUGCUUUGGUUGAAACUGUCACAGAGGAGAAACCUGAAGUUCUGAUGACAUUACUGCGCAUGUGGCAGAUUAUCCAUAACCUGGAAUGUCAACCUGAUCCGGCCUCUGUGUGGCAGAUGAAGUUAGUGCUGACUUUUUACAGGAAUGCGUUUCCAAGAAUUUCUAGGGGCAUGCUCAGGAAGCCUCUCGUUAACGCCGACUUCAUCGAAGAAUACAAGUUUCUUUUGGAAGAAUCCAUCGAUCGCCUUAUGCUGAAAGACUCAAUAUCAGCAAGAUCCUGUUACAGUGCCGAGGAACACAAACGCAGUUUCUGUCCUGCCAUGUGCUGCUUUGCCGUUUACCAUGAAGUUCCAUUGCCACACGGUUUGCCGUCUUCUAUCCAGCAAGGUAGCGUUCCUAGUCUACCCGUGAUGCUUCAGGACGUGGCUGAUCUCCCUUUGGCAAUGACUGCGUUACUGCGACUGCAGGCUCAGAGCUAGUUCCCAGCUUCAUACCUGCGCAGAGAAAGAUUGUCACUGGUGCGCAGUGGACUCGAACAAACUGGAACGAUUAACGUCGAAAACAUCAAGAGUUAUAAAGACUGAUCGAUCCUCUGUCCGCAGACUCGUCUGUAAAUCAGACACGGAGUUAAGCCCUGCCUUUCUUCAAACGAGUCUUCGCGCGAAUCCAUUCGUAUGAAAAUGUGUUUCCUCUACAGGUUCAUUUUCAUAUGAAAGGUUUUGCACGGGGACUCGUUUUGAAACAGAGACAAAGGUAACUCGGAAAUGUUCAAUUCAUUACUUCGUCCGAUCUCCGGAUCGGACAACGAGAAUAAAAUAAAUCGAGAGGACUUGGGAUAGCGAAACAGCGAACACUCACCCCAGUGUCUUCUCCUUUUUUCCUUUCUCGUUUGCCUCCAUUUCGCUCUUUGGCGCAAAUCGGCGAGCAUGGGAAUAGUAAAGUUUUGAACAGGCUAAAUCGAAGGCAGGCCGUUAUCUGUCUGCUACAGAAACAAGUAAUUGUAGAAGAUGAAAUAAAUAUUUACAGUUGUUUUUCUUAUUGA